AUGCCCAAAUAUCUCAACUUAAUAUAUGGCCGUAAAGGUUUUAUAAUGAUUACAUAAUUAGUAGUUUUUUUGAAGAUCCUAAAAACAAAUAUACUCCUAAUUAAUACUAUAUUAACUGAUAAAUAAGGCUAUUUAAUAGGAAGCUUUGUUUAUUACAAUGAUAUUUCUAAGAAUGAAGAUAACAUAAUUAAUGCUAUCAAACAUAUUAUAAUAGUUAUCUAUAAAAAAUUUUAGUUUAUUUAUUUUUAAUCAUAAUUUAGCUGA